UUGAGCUACCACUACGCUCACUCCCACCUGGCCGAGGAAGAAGGCGACGACAAGGACGAUUCGCAGCCCCCCACUCCCGUCUCGCAGCGAUCGGAGGAGCAGAAAUCCAAGAAAGGACCCGACGGCUUAGCUUUGCCCAACAACUACUGCGAUUUUUGCCUGGGAGACUCCAAAAUCAACAAGAAGACGGGGCAACCGGAGGAGUUGGUCUCGUGCUCGGACUGCGGGCGAUCAGGGCACCCCUCCUGCCUGCAGUUCACCCCGGUGAUGAUGGCCGCCGUCAAGACGUACCGCUGGCAGUGCAUCGAGUGCAAGUGCUGCAACAUCUGCGGCACCUCCGAGAACGACGACCAGCUGCUCUUCUGCGACGACUGCGACCGCGGCUACCACAUGUACUGUCUCACCCCGCCCAUGUCGGAGCCGCCCGAAGGGAGCUGGAGCUGCCAAUUGUGUCUGGACCUGCUGAAGGAAAAAGCCUCCAUCUACCAGAACCAGAACAACUCCUGAUCCCGCUCCGCCGACGG